UUUAGACAAGGAACACUUGACUUCAGGAAUUACAAACAGAAAGACCCAGCUGGUUAGAAAUGGUCAGGACAACUGCAGUUGACAAAAAUGGAUUGAAGAAGGGUGCAUGGAAUCAAGAAGAAGACGACAAGUUGAGAGCUUACAUUCGGGCAUAUGGCCACGGGAACUGGCGUGAACUACCCAAGUUUGCUGGCCUUUCAAGGUGCGGUAAGAGCUGCAGAUUACGGUGGGUGAACUACCUUCGGCCGGGUGUAAAACACGGAAACUUCUCCAAGGAAGAGGAUGAUUUGAUCAUUCAACUACAUCAAGAACUUGGAAAUAAGUGGUCCACGAUUGCGACGAACUUACCAGGAAGAACUGACAAUGAAAUUAAAAAUCACUGGCACACCCACUUAAAAAGGCGAGGGAAGCAAUCCCAGGCAUCAAAUGUUCAGGCGAAAGAGCAGUCUAGCGAAACCCCAGAAAGCCUGAUCAGUCCAUGCAAAAAGUUGGAAGCAGCUGAUGUUGCCAAUAAUACUCCAUCUCUUCCAAUAAUAUUAGAGAGCUUUCCUUUGUCCAAAGAAAGCUCUGAUCAUUCUUCUUUGUCUGCUGGCGUGAGUUUUGUUGCAGAAGAUAGUCUCACCUUAAUGGGAAUAUUUGAAGAAUCAGGUGAAGAUUUCUGGACUCAACCUUUUGUAGGAGAUAAUACCUACGACCAAGAUGACUAUACUUCAUCUUUUGCUUUAUACUAUGAUUACAAUUUGGAUUUCUUCGACCAAGUGCUGCAAGAACUGCCAGAUAAUUAAUUAGUUUAAGAUAUAUAUAUAUAUAUAUAUAUAUAUAGCUUAUGCUAAGGUGAGCAAUACUUCAGAACUAUAAAUCGGACUACUACCUACAUAGAAAAUAAAUGAGUGACAGAUAUGUAUGUUUAUGUUUCUCUCCAGAAGAAACCAAAAACUAUUAUCUUCUAAUGAUGCAAGACAGAAUAAAUUAGACUUGGCUACACCUGGUGUAUUCUAUGGAUAGAUGACCAUGUGUGAGUAAGUUCCCAUUAUACACUAUGUGUAGCUGGGCUUUGUAUGCUAAGAAUAUAUGAA